AGAGAGGGAGGGAGAGAGAGGGAGGGAGAGAGGGGGAGACAGGCGGGGGGGUGCACAGUGAGCAGGAGGGAAGCGGUGCUGCGCGGACAACUGCGUCCCACUCCUAACGCAAACAUCUUAACGUCCUCUCAUCGCUCCGACUUUCCACUUGAUCACAGUUUCCUCAUUCGCGACGGAGGGGAGCUGCGCGAACAUUGAAGGUGAGUUUGGGAAACUGAUUUCGACUGUAUGGCGUUUGUGUCAUGACCUUAAUGCAGCCAUUGCAGCGUUUUGUGUUUUGUUUUUAAACGCUCAGUCUGUUCAAAUUGCAACAUGAAAUCAUUCGGGGCUGAAACGCGCAGGCACGUCGUGUCAUCCAGGGUGAAGAAAAACGGUUUGAGUUGCAGACAAUUUCAGUCAGCUGAAGUGAAUUUUUAAGUGCAUUAAGUAUGUCAUUCGUGCAUCAAAAUGUGCCACAAAUAUUUCUUCCUAAUUCUUUUAUUCUUGAGGAUCGGUCAGAAAUUGCAUUGAUGCAACUUUAUUAAAACGAGGCCUCUCCGUUUCUAUGUUUAGCUGGUUGAACUACUUCCAGUGAAAUAAUGAAUUAAAAGGCUUAUUAUUAGCUCUAUUUCAGGCUGUUAUUUCUAUUACAAAAACCCCUCACAUAUUAAUGCCAGACGUUGUCUCUACAGCUUCCAGGCCUCCAAGGAUGGACUCCAUACCUGCGGGACGAGACUCCAGCUCCUCGCCAAGCUCCAAGCAAGAACUUUCCUACUCGACCUCCAAGAACCUGAAGCCCAACCAGGUCGGGGAGACAGUGCUCUACGGAAUACCGAUUGUGUCUUUGGUGAUAGAUGGCCAGGAGAGACUUUGUCUUGCACAGAUAUCCAACACCCUGUUGAAGAAUUACAGCUACAACGAGAUACACAACCGGCGUGUGGCGCUGGGCAUCACCUGCGUCCAGUGCACUCCUGUCCAGCUGGAGAUCCUGCGGAGAGCCGGGGCAAUGCCCAUCUCCUCCAGGCGCUGCGGGAUGAUCACCAAACGCGAGGCCGAGAGACUUUGUAAGUCUUUCCUGGGAGCUCAUUCGCCUCCUAAACUUCCAGAAAAUUUUGCCUUUGACGUGUCCCACGAAUGCGCCUGGGGGAGUCGAGGCAGCUUCAUCCCGGCAAGAUACAACAGCUCCAGGGCCAAGUGCAUCAAGUGCUCCUAUUGCAACAUGUAUUUUUCUCCGAAUAAAUUCAUUUUCCAUUCGCAUCGCACGCCAGAGUCCAAGUACACGCAGCCGGAUGCAGCUAAUUUUAAUUCUUGGAGACGGCAUCUCAAAUUAACAGAUAAAAGCUCCCAGAUGGAAAUAUUACACGCAUGGGAAGACGUGAAGGCCAUGUUCAAUGGUGGCAGCCGCAAGAGGACGUUGCCAUGCCAUGAGUCAGGGUCCAGCUCUCCAUUAAAACCACAAGGACCCAAUCGUCCCCGAGACUCACCCGAGAUACCUGCAAAAAUCCUCAGCUGCGAGGACAGCCGGGGCGGCAUGACGAGCACACGCAGCUACCCGGUGAUCCCCGUGCCCAGUAAAGGCUUCGGGAUGCUGCAAAAGAUCCCGCCGCCGCUCUUCCCUCAUCCGUACGGCUUCCCAGCUUUCGGCCUGUGCCAAAAGAAAGACGACAACAUGCUGGGAGAGCAAAGCAAAGCGGGCCUCCCGGGCGUCCUGUGGCCUGGCACCAAGGACAGCGCCUAUCACUCCUUCCCCAUGUUCUGGCCCGCGGCCGGCGCGUUGCCCCUGCCUCCGUACCCUCAGACUCAGCACAAACCCCCAACAGAGCUGCUGUGUCCUCCCAGACAGAGUGACAUGGACAUAUCUGAGCACAGCGACCGCAGCACCAACACGUCAAAAGACAGCACGGUUGAAAACGACAGGUGCUCCAGCACUCAGUCCACGCGUAACGAAGACGACAAGUCGGGGGACGAGGCGAGGCCGCUGGAGGGGAUGACCCUUGCGCCACGGAAAAUCAGCUACGUCUCCGCGUUCAGACCCGUCAUUAAAGACGCCGACUGCAUCGCCAAGCUGUACGGCAACAGGAGCGCCUACAGCGGGUGUCGCACCGGCUAUUUAUCGCCCGAUUUUUUAAGCGAGAGCUCAAGCUACCGGUCCGUGUCCCCCUGCGUGGACAGUGAGGGCGAACCAGACGUAGACGUGGGGACGAAUAAAUCUCCACAGGAGGAGGAGGUGGAGGACUCCCGGCCGCUGUCCUCGGUGUGUCCUCGGACUCCUAGCGGCCUGGCUCACACUGUCUCACCAAACGAUUCAGACUCCAAGGCCGUGCAGGAGGGCAGCAUGGUCGACUCGCACAAAAUGAGUCUGCAUGCGGCCCAGUCCUCUGAAAGAGAACUGCACAACAAGCAGUUAUCAGAGACCCACAUAGCUGCGUCUUUUACCGAAGUGUACACACCGGAGAGGGCCGAGCUGCAACAAAGGAGCAGUCCGUAUCAGUUCAGACCUGCGAAUUACCAGAGUGGAGUACUUACAACAAAUGAUGAGAGUUCAAGUAAAGAAGAGCCGUCUUCCACAGUGGAGGAGAUCGAAACGAAAUCUUUUAAUGAGCAAAGCAGCGAGGAGAUGCAGCGAGAUCCGGAUGAGGGCGAAGACGCGUCCGCCAGAGCUCUGCCCGCACAAAGAGCCAUAGAAAGUCUGGCAAAAGAGGAACUACAGAAGCAGCUGUUAGAGCAAGUUGAGCUGAGGAAAAGGCUGGAACGUGAAUUUCAGAAUCUGAAAGAUAAUUUUCAGGAUCAAAUGAAACGGGAGCUUUCCUACAGGGAGGAGAUGGUCCAGCAGCUUCACAUCGUCAGAGAAGCUCACGACGCUUUACACCAUUUCUCGUGUAAGAUGCUGACUCCUCGCCACUGCUCCGGAUCCUGCUCCUUCAAAUCUCCUCUGCUACCACCCUGAACUACCGACUUGCUUCAUAUUUAGCCAUUAUGACAGAGAAACAAAGGACGCAGCUUCUGUCAGCCUCAAGGGACACUGCUGAAAUCAAGUUCAAAGAAGACUAACUUGUAAUUACUUGUAAUAUUUUAAAAUGUGUAUCCCCACCCUCAGUAUUUAUGUAAUCAUCUUGCUUACGGUGACAUGUUUGUUUUACUAAAAUGAUACCAUUGAUGAUAUUUAUUAUUUGUGGCAACGUGCAAUUGCAAUGUAUGGAUCUUGUAAUAGUUAUAGGUUGUAAUUUCAGUUUUUGUUUUUUUUUUGUCAAUAAUAGCAGCUUUAAUUAGCCGGUUCAUUGCUCCUUAUCUUCCUAUAGUAUUGUGAAUUAGCCUACUACUUUUGCUGUGUUCGUCUUUGCUGGCCAAAAUCUUACUUUGGAUGUUAUGCACUUUAAACGAGUGAUGGGAAUUACCACAGACAGCUUGUGCAUUGAAAUAGGGCUACAAUACAGUUGUUUGUAGCGGUUAAACCAUGCCUAUAUGUUUCUGACGACUUGGGGGUGGGACAAAAAAAACAACAACAACACAGAAGUUAGUAGGCUAAAUUAGUACACCCGCGACCCUGUAAGUAUCGACAUAUUCUAUUAAGAGUAGCCUAUUUGUUCAUGUAAUGUUUGUUUUCAUCACUAAUGAAUAAAUCAUUUUAU